UUGUCGGAGUAUUGUGCUAAACUUGACGACAGCGUAAAACGAAGAUACGUAGAAAAAAUCGCCGAAAUUGGAGUCGAUCCGGUCACCAUUCCCGAUCAACAGUUUGACACGGAGUGCCUUCCACCUAUCGAAGCUAUGGAUUUGCUUAGCUACUUGGUGUUGGAAACAAGUUUCUACACGAAAGAGCAGUUCAAAGCAUACAAGAGUUUGGAAGCCUACAACUUUGUGGUUUCAGGAUUUUUAUCAGGCAUUCAAGGCUGUGUUGUCGCUGGAAAGCACAUUGUUACAGGAAAAGUGAGACAUUCACAAAGAAUGAAUGACCCUUUGAUCUCUGUGUGGGUUGUCGCCGAAAAAGACGGAACAGUCAAAUCAGCCCACUGCUUAGGGUGCAAAGCAGGACUCUCGGAAACAUGCUCGCAUGUUGCGAGUGUGUUGUUUUAUAUCGAGGCGUGGACGAGGAUUCGCGGUAAGUUGGCCUGUACCCAAGUUAAAUGUACGUGGUUGUUGCCAUCAUUUGUAAAAGAUGUCCCAUAUGCAAAAAUGCGCGACAUAAAUUUGACCUCCGCCAGAAAACUUAAAGCGGAUUUGGAUGAAAAAUCGAUAGCUUAGGAGAGGCUCAGGCAACAUCCUUCACCGGCAGCAGAAGAGAACUAACAGUGCAAGUUCCCACGGAGACUGAAAUGAACAUCCUCUAUGAAAGUCUAGACAAAUCAAAAAUUAAACCAGUGGCUUUAAGUCUUAUCAAGCCCUACUCUGACCAGUUUGUGUCAGAAAGCAGCAGUAUCCAAACAAUCCCAGACCUUUUUGACAAUGACAAUUUAAACCUCACAUACACUGAUUUACUAAAGAAGUGCUUUAAUGUAGAAAUUUGCUUGUCAAGUAAAGACAUUGCACAAAUUGAGAGAGAUACACAGAGCCAGGCAAAUGGGAGUGCAUUUUUUCGACAUAGAGCGGGUCGUAUUGGUGCGUCAAUGAGUUGAGCAGUCUGCCGGACAAACCCAGCACAGCCAUCACAAUCACUGAUCAAGACAAUCUGCUAUCCAAAUUUAUUUAAAGUAAACACAAAAGCAGUGAUUCAUGGGUGCAAACAUGAAGCUGAUGCAAUUAAAGCCUAUGAAGAAGAAAUGAAAAACAGUCAUGAUGACUUUAAACUCUCGCAGUGUGGCUUAGUUAUCAACCAAGAGUACCCUUGGAUUCAUGCCACUCCAGACUUCUUAGUAUCUUGCUCAUGCUGUGGACUGGGGUGCGGAGAGGUCAAAUGUCCUAUUUGUAUUGACCGAUGUGACUUUGACAGUUAUGUUUUGAAGAAGAAUGCUUGCCUGGAAAAGGCAGCCGGUAAUUUCCAGCUGAAACGAAACCACAACUACUUUUUUCAAGUUCAACAACAGCUUUUGACAUUACCUGAACGGAAGUACAAUGAUUUUGUUGUUUGUGCUUUUGACAGUUCUCACCGUGCAACAAUUAUCAAAGAGAGAAUUUACCCUGACCAUGGUCACUGGAAGGAGGUUUUGCCAAAACUUACCACUUUCUGGAGAACAUGUAUUUUGCCUGAAAUUUUAGGCAGAUGGUACACAAGAAAGUGUGACAUUUCUGAUGAGAUACCACAAGCAGGUGUUGGAAUUUGUUUCUGCAGAAUGCCAUCAUGUGGAAAACACUGUGAAAUGUGGAAACCCCCACUGCCCAUUUGUUGAAUUUCAUCCCUCGUGUUUAGCAAUCUCAACCCCGCUACCAAGGGUGUGGUACCGCCCACACUGCUGCAGGCUACCACAGUUUAAGCGGUCGAAAAAAGGAAAGGAGAAAUCUCCAGAAAUAAUGGCUAAGGCAUUAUCUCUCAACAGUAUUUGUAUUUGCCAAGCAGUGCCACAGCGAUGAUUGCCAGAGUGGAAAAUUUUUUCACUUGACCUGCCUUGGUUACAAGAAAUUGCCCAACAACAGCAAGACAACUUGGAAAUGCACCGAUUGCAAAACAAAACAUGCAAAGCCAUUUCAUGCCAGCACCGCAGUUCCAGGGACAUGUCAGGAAACCCCAGUUGCACCUACCACUUGUUUUUCUCAAUCUCAUGAUGAUAAACCUGCAUCCUAUGAACUUGACAAUGCACAAGAAUCUGAUCAUGACAGUGAAGAGGAAAGUGCUGAUGACAUCGAGGUUACUAUGGUUACAACUAGUGAAUCUGAAAGAUAUCGUCCACUAAGAAAUCUUGAUGAACAAGAUUAUCAGCUUAUUAUGUCCCCCCAUGGUUGGCUUGAUGGUGCAAUUAUCCACAGUGCACAGGUACUUUUGCAGAAAAUUAACCCUUUGAUUGAAGGUUUUCAGCGUCCUACAUUAGGUCCAGUGCGAAAUUUUAAUGUAGUUUCUGGUGAAUUUGUGCAGUUAUUGCAUACAGGACAAGAUCACUGGGUUUGUGUCAGCUCAAUAGGAUGCAUUCCCGGAACAGUCAGACUUUUUGACAGUCUUUAUCAUGACAUCAUCUCACAAGAAGUUGAAGAUCAGGUCAAAGACUUAGUAUUAGCAGAGAGCUUCCAGAAACUCGAGUAUGCACCCUGCCAACACCAAAGAAAUGGAAGUGACUGUGGGGUUUUUGCUAUUGCUUUUGCGACAAGUCUUGUAUUUGGAUCCACUCCACAAAACCUGAAUUUUGACAUUACAAAAAUGCGCCCACAUUUAGUGGCCUGUCUUCAAGCUGGUCUGAUGUCCGAGUUUCCAUCGUCUUAAAUUUCAGUGCCUUACAAGAACCCUUGCAAUAAUUGGAGCAUUAAAUUUUUUUUAGCUACCUGGACAGCUAUCUCACAUUGUAAACUCAUUAUUUUUUGAGACACACCAAAAACCUUCAGGUGUAAGUGUAUUCAACCAAAUUAAAAUACGUCCCUUUCAUUGCUUUACAAAUCGUAAUCCCCUUAACCCUUCACUCCCAAUAUCUGAAAUUCAAUUCUCCUAACUGAUGACCAUACAAAUCUUUGUUCUCUGUUCCUGAGAAUUUGGUGUAACAUAAAGACACUUCCCCAUAGUUGAUAAUUUUCCAAAUUCUCAUCACCUGUCUCCUUGACAGAGUAGUAAAAUCGUUAGGAGAAUUUAUUUGCUAGUCAUUCCUGGGAGUGAAAGGUUUAAGUAAUAAUUUUUCUAAUGUAGGCAUACGAUAAAGAACUUCAACCUAAUGGCUUAAAAAUGGCCUAUAUUUUUUUCUGCCUUAGCAGUAUAGGCAAAAGUUGGGAAGGUAUCAAAGAAAUAAUUUUGGAUGAUCGCAUUUCUAUCUCAUGGCCUUGUUUUCUAAAUAAGAAAAUAAUGAUAAUUUAUUGCAAAGAGAAAAUUGACACUGAUCGCUAAUGGACCUUAGCAGCCAUUAAGGGAUAUAAAUCUAGUGGUAAACAUUUAACUACCUUUCCUUUUUGUACAGUUAUUAAUGAUCAAUGAUGUGGAUAUCUUUACAAAUAAACAAACUGUUUAGCUGGUCAUCUCUCAUUUGUCUUUUUUUUCUCUUUUCGAAAUAUAAUUAAAUAAAGCUGGCUGGUUUUGGUUGUACAAGUUGUAUUUUCAAAUAAAUGAACUAGGAAUUACAUGACAGGAUGAACUUCUCAUUGUUAUAAUGACUAAAUUUCAACUUCUUGGGUUUGACAUAUAAAAUAGCUUUACUCCCAGUCAAUUUGUAUUUUCAAAUAAAUCAACUGGGAAUUACAUGACAGGAGAAACCUCUCAUUGUUAUAAUGAAUAAAUUUCUUUCAAUUUCUUGGGUUUAACAAAUAAAAUAGCUUUACAAAAGCACAUUGUUACCUUUGGGAGGGGGGGCACUCAACAUAUCUUUAGCUGGGGAGGUACGGCUCAGUCACUCAUCUCCCAAUUUUUCACAACCAGCUUGAGUCAUAAUACCCUGUCUCAGACAAGAAUGAAACUAUUUAUAAAAUCUGUUUACAGCAAAGAAUAUGGAUAUCCAUACAAGUUGGGAGUUGCUUGUGGGUCAACUGUCUGGUGGUGUUUCAAAACUAAUUUUCAUUCUUUAAUCUCCUCAUUGAACCUCUUAGAAUCCCAUUUAAUUUCAGGUGAAAAAAAAAACCAUAUUCAAAUUGGCCACGCAACCCCAUAAGGGACUUCCCCCAGGUGGUGGUACACAUAUUUACAACAUUUUAAAAUUAAACCAAAAAAUUUCGAAACAGCAUGGUUUACAUAAGUACAAUGGAAUCCCCGUUUUGUAAAUCCUCUAUUUUUUUAAAGCUUCUGAUAACUUGGACCUGGAGUAAUUUCCUCUCUUAAACUAUUUUUAACCAUUGAUUUGAACUCUCUGAUUUCUCAAACCAAUUUACACUAGCCUUAGAGGUUAAAAAAAUUGGGAUUCCAUUGUAUUUUGCACAGAUUAAUCUAAUCAAAUGGGACAAUGGGGCCACAUAGAUUGACAAGUCCAGAGCAAACUCUGAGUAUGCGGUCGAUCAUAGGUACCUGGAUCUCAGGAUUUCCAGUUGGAUUACAGGUUAAAAAAUCUACUGACAAGGUAUUCUCAAGAAUAGUGUAUUUCCUGCGUAAAAGUCCUAUAACUCGUUCAACAUGGAUCCUAACAUGUGCGAUCCCCCUUGUUCUUUCAACGUCAACAGGGUCCAGUUGUUCUUUUCCUUUAGUGAAUGGUGGAAUUACGAGUUUUGCUUGUUUAAGGGCAACACCAUCGUGAACAGUGAAUCCCCUGUCUGCCAUAACUAGAUCCCCAGGAAGCAAUUUGUUGAGCAGCCCACAAUUUUCCGUGAGAUACUUGUCUGAGGUGCGUCCCCCCCAGGCUUCUGAGACAAAGGAGAUGCAGCCUUGAGGGGUUAUGCCGAUGAGGACCUUGACUGUGUUGUGGUGUUUGCCAGGAGGUUUGUCGGUUCUACACAAAAAACUUCAAAACAGUCAAUAAUGACGGUUGUCUUAUUUCCAAACGAAAACUUAAAACACUGGGGCAUGGUCUUCCAAAGUUCUUCCCUCUCUGGCCACCUGAUCAGUGGGGACAACCGCACAUCUAUGAUGACCAGCCAGUGUGCAAAUGUCCUUGAUGCUGUGGACAUAGAGACUCCAAAUCGGUAGGCCAAAUCUUGGUGUGGAACAUUGAGUCUCAAUUUCAUCAGUACCAUAACCAUCUCUUGAAAUAAAGAAAGUGAUUGUGUUCUUCGUUUGACAUGGGGUACAACAUGAUUAAAAGUGGCUUCCAGUACUUCAUAUGUUGGCAAACCAGUGUAGAAAGACACUUUCCCGUUAUCCUCUUUGAAAUAAUUUUUGUCAAAAGGCUUGCUAGUCACUGACUCAGCAAACAAGUAAUCAAACUCUUCUGUUUGAGUUGAGGCAUCACUUCGUGGACAGUCCUUGAUGGAAAGAGAUUCCACGGAGUGAUAUAAAUAAUCGAAAGCUUCUGUUUGAGUAGAGCAUGUGCUGUGUGUUGCUUGCUCGUUGGGAUCUGAUUCUUGCUGGUCUGUAGGUUGCAAGUCUAAGUUCUCCACUUGGACUUGUUCUGAACUGGUACUUGCACUUUCGAUCUCAGCAGCAAAAUCAGCAAGGGGAACUCCAGGCUCAUUUAAUUUCUGCUGCUUCAGUAAACGUUCUUGUUCCUGUUGUUCCGCUUGACGUUUUCGCCUUUCCUUUGACCUCUCCGCUCGAGUCUCUCGCGAUUGGGCUUGAUGUUGUUCACUUUGCAUCGCCCUUUUGUCAUGGCCUAAAUUGAGAGUGGGAACCCAGUCAACAUUGUAACGAUCCCACAAAGGAGCUGCAGUUCCAGAAUGGAAAUGUUGGUCGCAAACUUUAUCGCUGUUCAAGAUUUUAUCCGUAAGAUCAGCACGGCUUAUUGCAGAGAUCCACAAUCGCCGUCGCUCGAUACUCAAUUCCUCAACUUCUGGGCCUUGAUUUGUAAUAAUAGCGGGAACUCGAUACAAUCGGACUCCCUUACCUCGACCAGUCUUUCUAGAACAGCCAACGAUCAGGCACAUAGGCAUUUUGAGGCAGCGGAAUAAGAGAAAAUCGCGUUUAAGUUCACGAGUUGGUGACUACGUGGUCAACACACUGGCCGCCAUAUUGGUUUUGGAACCCCAACAUGGCGGAUGAAAAUGGCAAGUUGUACCGGAAGUCACGUGAGUGCAAGCCAAGAAUUGUAAACGAGAGAAAAAAGGGUAACAAUGGAAUAGCAGUGAUCAUUGAUAACAUCUUUAGAUAAUAUACCAAGUCAAAAUGGUGCUGUGAUGUUAAGGUGAGGUACGUAGCCAGGUUUAAAUAAAACAGCAGAAUUUGCAGAAAAGAACAUCGCUGCUGUAUGCACUUGACGUUGCACAGGGCACAUAACACAAGACUGAGCAUUGCCAUUGGCUGAAAAAUCUUCCAAAAUAACAGAAACAGACAUUGUAGGAUCAGACGUGCACGCAUACAGAGGAUGAGUUCCCACAUUGUAGUUUGUGCUCUGGCUUCUAACAGUUAACUUUCGGUCUGACUAGCCACACACAUCCCUCCAAUUACAAAGGGUUUCUUGAUCCUUUUUUGCCAUUUUAACAACUGCUGAUUUGGGGAUUCAUGGCAACUCCGUAAAUUGAAGGGGGAAGUUGAUCAGGUCACUCGUAAUGCAAUCCAUCGGCAGUGAAGUAGUGGUAAAUAUUGUCCCAUAGGGGUCACUGCAAUCAAAAGGCAAAACCAUCUCAGCUGAAGAAGUGUCUUGACUAUACGUUUUGCAGAAUUAAAGAGAAACAUCCCAAAUAUUUUAACAAGCUUGAUUUCUAAAAGGUAGAUCUCGAGAGAAAACAAAAAGAAAUUCAGGAGCUUCAAAACCAAGCCAAAGCUAUGGAUGACUUUUCAUAAGACAAUGAACUUUAAAAAAUGUAACCACUCGUUUGUAUAACACAAUAUAACACAAACAAACCUAAACUCAUGCAAUAUGAAUGUAUGCCUCAUGCCUAAAUUUCUGUAGUGAAAAUAUUCUAAAAAUAUGUGUGGGUGAUGCCGAGAAGAGUAAAGUAAAGUAAAACUUUAUUCACACAGGGUCGCCCAUUCAGCUCUAAAGCUGGUCUCCAUAGGGGCCCAUAGGGGCCCUGUAUCUAAUUUACAUCAAGAAUUUUCAUAACUAUUACAUUUAACAACCCUAAAAAAUAAAAUAAUAAAAUUUAAGAACUACAUUAAAAAGCCCAAAAAUACAAUACAAAAUCACAUUUAAAGCCUAAAAUAGAACAAAAUAUCAAAGUUAUGAUAGAAAGAAAUGCCUUGCUUGGCGGCAGAACGUUUGAAUGUUUUCACUCUUCACAAUGUUUACAGGGAGUUUGUUAAAAAUUUGUGCCAGUAAAAAGAGAGGUCCUUUCCCCAAAAUUCUGUUUGACGUUUGGUAGGAAUAGCCUCAUACUUUGCCUUGUGGAAUAAUUGUGAAAGUUGGAAAAUCUAGUAAAAUAUAAUGAAAAUAACUAGGAACUAAUGAGUGACGACAGAGAAAAAAAGUUUAGCCAGUGGUAAGAACGUCUGCUCGAGAGAGUAGGCCAGUGCAGCUGCUCUAUUGCUUCAGAUAAGCGAGAGCAAUGUGGGAUAAUCCGUGCAGAUCUAUUCAGUUAGGCGCUGUAGUUGAUCUAUAUCUUGCUGUAGAAGGUUACUCCAGGCAAUGUCACUGUAAUCAAAUAAUGGAAGAAUUAAAGCGUUGUGAACAAGUGUUGCUGCCUCUUUUGUGACAAAACUUCUAACACGGCCCAGGAUACUAACUCUUGACACCACCUUUAUACACACAGUCUGCGUGAGCCUUCAAAGCCAAAGUUGUCGAACACCACGCCCAGUUAUUUAAAAGUAGUUUCGCAAGUUAUGGACUUUCCGAGAAGAUUAAGAUUUAAAAUGCAGUCACACUCUUUAAGCCUUUGAGAUGUAAAUGGUACACACUUAGCUUUUCAAACAUUGAGAACAAGAAUAUUGUCUUCUAGCCAUUCAGAAUUAAAAUAAAAUUAAGUAUUUCAUAAUUAUAAAAGCACAAGAUUGAUUUUCUCAAGACCUUUCAAUAUUUACACAAAAACAUUAAAUUUAUGACACAGAUGUGUGUGAGAAUAAGUCUGCCAGGAGCAGAUGUUAUCUAAAAUGACACUCACUGACCGACAUUAUAUUGGCAGAUUAAUAUACACUAACCGGUACUUACAAAACAAGACAAACUAGAGACAAAAAAGAAACUGGCUCCGCGAUCGCACAGGAUUUUUGGCAACAAGCCGGAAGGAGUUCCAACUGAUGUUGAUGAUAUGGUCCGAAUUUGCCCCAAUACGAGAGGUAACAGAGCGUUCGAAAGAUGCUUGUUUUUUUUGUCUGUUUUUGUCGGAAAUUUAUUUUGGGGGGAACAAAGGCUGUUUCAUAUUUCACCAGAGACAAUUUUUGCUUCAUCAUUAUCAAAAAACCUUUAUAAAGAUUAGAUAUUAUUUUGUUCUCUUGCAUUUAGGUGUACAAUGGAGCAUAUAGAAGACCAACCUCAGAUAAUGUAACUCGGGUGGAAGAAAAAAAAACACAGACACCCGUUAUAACCGUGCUGUGUUCCACCACUGCAGUCUCAAACAUCAAAUCACAUCUCUUGAAGAGACCACUGUUAUGGAAGAUCAGCUAGCGGAACUGUCUGAUGGUUAAUCUUGCCUAAAUCUAAUCAUAACCCAAGAAAUCAAGCAGCUGAUGAAUGCUUACAGAUUCUUCAGGCAGGAGGUGAAGCACGAAAUUAGACUUGCCGAGAAAUUCCACAUGUGCACAGAACUCCACAAUAGCAAAGAAAAUUCGAAUCCAAUUUGGAAUGGAAAUGAAAAAAAGGGGGCCUUUGAAAACAGAUAACCCAUUGAAUUUAAUACGUACAGUAAACACAUUUUAUUCAUCAGUUGGUAAAAUCACCGCAGAUAAGGCAAUGCACCUUGCCAAAGAACAUGGGCUUCUCUAAAAGUAGUCGUGACUCGCAAUUGGGCAAAUAACGUCCAGAAAAAACAACCCUCAAAGUCAAAGUUCCAAAGCUUUUGCUUCUAAGAAUAAGGAGUCAGUUUAUGUUCACUGCGUCUGCAAGGAGAACUUCACUCUCACUUUGAAGGAUUUUACAUGUAUUUCGCUUAUCUGUCAUUACAUUCAAGCCAGUUUUGUGGAUGCAAUGGAUGAAUGAAAAAGAGCUCUCCUCCCUGGGACUGUGGUAAAUUCUGCUGUAGAUGAUUUAUUUGCUGGACACUGUCCAGCGUUGUUCGUAAGAUCCCUUCUUUCCUUUUUCGUCUUCAGGUGUGGAUGAUUCCUAAUUUUCUUUCUCAUUCCAAAUUUCACCAUGUUACAAACCCCUUGUCAUUCUACACAUCUCGCAGGUGUGCAAGUGUUAAAUAAUACGGCAAAGUAUGGAUAAUGUCCCACUGAGUGUUCCCCCAGCCAUGAACCUCUUGUCAUUCUUUACUUAGUUCCACACUUCUGUGUGGAAGUGUGGAACAGUCCGACAAAGUCAGGAUAAUGUAAAAACUUUUCCCCCAGUCCCGAACCCCUUGUCAUUCUCCGAUUCAGAGGAAGUGGAGUAUUUCCCUUUAACGUUUUCAAUAAAAGGGUCAUUCUGGGCGACCAGAUAUCAGGAUGCCCUGAAAAAGGCUGUGGACCUAAAAGCUAAUGGGGUUUAUGUCCCUUUCAGAGCCUCCUUUCAACUGAGCAAGACUUCGACAGUGCAGUUUGGCUGGUCAUUGGGUACUGUGGAAAUGAUAAAAUUACCAAGCUUCCAAAAGCAAUAAAAAGGGAUGAAAUCACAUCUUGUUAGCUCUGUUGUAAUAGAAGCAAGUGGAUUCCAAAGAUCAGUGAAUUUAGGUUUAUGCUGGUGUGGCUAUUACUAAGAAAGACAGGUGGGGCAGAAAUGAUAACAACAAUCAGUGUAACAGUGACUUGUCAUUUCUCCUUCAAGGUUGAGCUUGAAAGUUAUAGAAAUCGUUAAACAUGAAGAUGCUACAAAUUAAACUCCUUGUACCUUGAUUUGUGUUGCAUAUUUGGUGGGUUGAUUUCAAAUUUCCAUGCUCCCCCCCCCCCCACCACCCUUUUCAUUGCUUUAUUUCUCCAAGCAGCUUCCACUAAAACUAUUUUUUAAAACACAAAUGGCAAAAACGUGCCUCGAAACAUUUUAGAGGGCAUUUCACUUUAUGACAAGCAAAAUUCAUUAACUAUCAUUAUAUAGUGAAGCCUGUAUUUGGCCAACAUCCAUGGGAACAUAACUAGUGUCUACAUAAAUGGAGGUUGCCUCUAUCACAAGUCUUAGGAAGAGUGAUGCACACGUCUGUCAUACUUCUUAAUCUCAAGUCGUAUUAAACAAACCGUGAUUACUUUAUUCAGGUUUCACUCUAUUAUUGUACCAAAAAUAUUUUUAUACCUAAGAAGGUGCUUUCAUUAGUUAACAUUUCUCGAUUAUUCCAUUCUCCUUAAUCUAAAUUACUUUACAAAUAUAUUGAAUGGUAACAAACUUGAAAUUACUUCACAAAAUAAACCAAAAUGCGCCCAAGUUGUUGUGAAGCUUUCACAACUAUACACGAUAUGACAUCUCAUAUCAUCCCAACAAUUGAAAUUUCCAGACCAAAAGUGUCUUCUCAGAGUUUUAGAACCGUCUAAAGCAUCAUUUUAGAAUCAGUAAACGAACCUUUUUUCUUUUUCAUUUCAGAAAAACAGCCUGCUUUGAAGAGGGCUCAGACGUUACCUCCUCAGACAGUGACCUGCAACAUUUCAGCGAUUAUGCGAACAGUUCUGGUAGUGAAGCACAGGAGCAAUAUUCUAGUGAGGAUGAUAAUGGUGAUUUGCCAACCACUGAGAUAAACACUGAAAAGAAACAAGAUGACCUUGGCAUAAGCAAGCAGAUUAAGGGCUGCUGAUAUUAUAAGCAUAGUGCAGAUACAAAUUAUGGCAUGGCUAGUGUAACAGAACCAUCAGGAGAAAGCAGAAUUCCAAAGUGCACAGGGUGCACAACACGUAUAGAGGACCACUACUGAGGCAUCCAAGUAAAAUAUUGUGGGGGCUUUGAAAAGUUCUUCCCAAAAAGGGAAAUUAAUGACACCUCUCCUACAAUGGAGGGCACAGUCAUCGCUGACUUGACAGCCAAAUUAGAGGCUUUGGAGCGUCAAGAACAGGGAUUGUUGUGCCAGGAGGAAGAAAACCACCUAAGGAGAAGAAUUUCAAAUAAACCAAAGGCCAUUGAGGAUCUCGGACAAGCCAGUUUCAAAAAUCUUCCCAGAAAGAUCUACCAAAGGUGGAUUCAAGCUGUCCUGAAAGCAGAACUCCCCUGAACGAUCUCUUGGCUAGUUGGGAUGUUGCGCCUUCACAACCAGCAUUAUCUACAGAAAACACAGGGUCCAGAGGAGAUGUGUUUGUCGUUAGAACAUCAAAACCCGUUGAAAACAUCUGAAAAAAUGGGUUUUUGAUCGCGUUACAGUUUCGUUACAAAAUCUGUAUACCGCAAACCAAGAGACUGAGGGCUCGCAAGAUCGGCUUACAGUAUAAAAUACGGAAAGGGAGGAAACAAAUUUGGGAACAAUUUUCAAAUCCCUGAAACUCGAAUGGAAUUGAAUGAAAUCGCCUGAUUUUACUAACCUGAUCUAGAAUUGUUCUGUAUUUGCCAAAAAGCGUUCAAAUUCAUUUUCAGCGACCGAAAUUUACAGCUUCGAAAUAAGGCUUUCGUUAGCUGUGCACCGCAACAGAUGGUGACGGAAAUGACGUAAUAAAGUAAAUGUGCGCAACAUCGGAAGUAAUUUUAAGAGGAUUGCCAUGUGCAAUCGCUUGAAUUUAUCAGUCACAUGGAAAGAUUUUCCCAGUAACAAGUAUGAUUUCGCGGAAUUUUGGCAAAGAUAGGAGAUUUUACGAAAAGAGAGUUAAGCGCUUUUGUUUUUGUCCACUUCUAGUUCAAGGUUAAAGGUUUUAGUUAUUGUUGUGUAGCAGUGUCAAUUGAUGGCCUGCGAGGCUGUUUCAGAUGGCUAUUCAGCUGAUCCUGAUGACGUCAAUAAGAGGUGAGACUGAUGUUUUAGCUUAUUUUUCACGUGAGGAUAUUUUUCAGAAGAUGCCUAGUCAACACUUUGAGUGAGUGGCAGUGAAGGGAAGGUUGAUGUUGUACACAUCACGUUAUAGAAAGUAUCUGAAAUGUUUUUGAUGGAAAAAGAUUGCCAAGCUUGAGUUGGCCCCAGAUAGACAAAGAGCUAUUGUUUAUGUUGAUUCUAUUGCUCGUUCGUCGUUUGUGCUUAUUUCAGUGGUUCACUGUCUAUUUCUUAUUUAAAAACCUGUGUUGGCUUACACGUAUUUUUUUUUCGUUUUUUUAAUUGAUAACGGUAUUCCAUUGGACAGCUGAGCGGACAUGCGAAUGUGUUUAAAUUUAAAUUCUUUAAUCUUUUAGUUAAUAUGGAAAUGUGCUUUCUUCUAUCUUGCCACGUUCUUUUUAAGAGGAGUCUUAAUUGAUAAAAUUGUCGAUGUAAUUGUAUACUUUAUCAUGUUGUUCGUUGGAAAAAAACAAGCUGAUGCAGUGAAUUUUUAGUAUCAGAAAUAUGAUGCUUUUUUCUUUCUUAUACAGUGCUGCUUGCAACCUCAGUGAACAACAGCAAAUAAUUUUGGAUCUAGUGAGCAAGGGACACAAUGUAUACUUUGAUGGGAUAGCCGGCUGUGGAAAAACCUUUUGUUGCUCGCCAAAUUUUGGAAGUCUUAACUAAGAAAAAAAUAGAGAUUGCCUGUACUUGCACAACAGGAAUUGCUUGUGCUCUAUAUGAGAGGUGUUCAGCAAGGACAAUUCAUUCCUUUGCUGGGAUAGGUCAGUGCCGAGGGUCAAAGGAAAUGUUGUUGAGAAAUGUCCUGGCAAACAACGAAUGUGUAAGGAGAUGGAGAGAGACAGAGGUACUCUUUAUAGAUGAAACUUCUAUGUUGAGCCAAAGAAUUCUCGAAAUCAUAAAUUAUGUGGCUCAAAAUGGUCGUAUCUCAGAGUAUCUUUUUGGGGGGCUCCAGCUUGUGGCCUUUGGGGAUUUUUUACAGCUCCCUCCUGUGCCAAAUACUGUAGACGAUGGAAAAUAUGCCUUUGAGAGUACUGUGUGGGAUCUGACUUUCCCUCAUCAAGUAAUACUGGAAGAAAGUUUCCGUGCUCAAAAUGAUGAGGAAUUCAUAAACCUUUUGAGGGAAAUUUCCAGGGGUCAGUGCAGUGAGCAGUCUGCAGAAAUAAUUCAGAGUCUGUCUAGGCCACUCAAUCCAAGUGAUUUUGGACUUUCAUAUAUUCCAAAGGUGUACCCUCUGAAUGAGGAUGUAGAUUUUGCAAAUAUGUGUGUGCUGGAAACUUUACCUGGUGAGCAGAUUCUGUUUGAAGCAACUGAUGUUGGAGACAAGAGGCUUUUGAACAAAGGACUAAUUGCAAGAGAGAAGUUGGUGUUAAAGGUUGGGGCAAAAGUGAUGUUUAUUUAUAAUCUAAAUGACGGGAUUAAAAAUGGUGUUCAAGGCACCGUGACAUCAUUUUUGAAUGGCCUUCCAGUUGUAACUACUGAAUCAGAAAGCCUCUUAGGGGACAGAAUAAUUGUUCCCCAAGAGGAAGAAGAGACUUUGGGCAGCCAAGGGAACGCUAAAAUUGUAGUCUCUUAUGGGCCUAAGAAACCCAAAUUUGAAUCAAUAUCAAUCCGUCAGUGGGAAGUGGCAAAGGAAAAUUGCCAACUCCUUCAGCUAUUCAAGAGUAUUUUGCUAGUACUGUUAGGAUAAGGAGCUAAUAGCUAGAUAUGAAAAGAAAUCAAUAAUUGUGCAUAAUAAUUAUCAUUAUGCACAACAACGAAUUUAGAAAAUUGCUGGCUAUUUAUAAAUUUUCCUGGAGUUUCGACUCUACUUAUUUGCAUACAGUUUUCCUUCACCCAUUUACAAACCUAACCCACCCACGAUCACUUCUAACCCAUCACCACCUAAUACUCUCCAGUACAUCACCUUUGUAAGAUCUACACCCGAGGGCAGGGUUAUCUGUCAUAAUUUUAACGGGCCAAAGGGUUGUUCAUUUCGUCAUUGCAAUUUAGCUCAUGUUUGUAAUUGCAAGGUAGCUAGGAAAGCUUGUGAACUUUCCCACCCUGUGUUCUCUCAAAUAAAGGCUGUCGAGUUCCCAAGCAAACAAUCUCCUUAAUUACAACCCCUGCAACAUAGUCCCGUAAAAUGUAAUCUUUGGCAUCUACAAUUGAGAGGUGAUGAAGGUAAUACAUUCCUCCGCGAUAGCAUAUGCAGUGGCAUUAAAUUGCUGCAUCCUGGCAUGUGCUUUUCUGAUCUUUAUGUGGCUUAUUAUAACUUAGUGAUUACUCCCACAAUCAGAACCUUGGUGGAAAAAGUUAUAUGGGAUGAGAUAGCAUUUAGCAAUUAUGUUUCACCUAUUAAACCAUGCAUUGUACGUGCUUUAGGAGCUAUUCCUAAACCCAGUUCUUCCAAAACAAGACUUAUCUAUAAUUACUCUUGCCCACAUGGGCAGGUGGUGAACGACUACAUCACCACCAAUUCAUUUGGAUUUCAAACACUUGAAAAGAAUGCCUGGAUUGAGAGCGUUUUGCUUGAAAAAUGGGUUUGAAAAAUCAACAGCAAGAUGAAAGUAGCUAAUCCGCAUAUCCUGCUGUUUAUUAACAACUGCACGGCACACGUCAGUUCUGGGCCUCAAAAACACAAGAUUAAUUUUCUUCCUGGCAAAAUGCACAAGCAAGCUUCAGCCGACAGACCACGGAGUAAUACAAAAUCUGAAAGUCCACUAUCGCCACACAGUAAUACAAACAAUGCUGCAGUACUUGGAUAUUUAUCGGUUUAAAAACAGCUAGACGAUUGGUCAAAUUCAAAAGACAACGCCUUACUUAGAACAUAAAUUUCUUUGCAGAGCUUGCCCGAGCAACAUUUUAAAUUUUAAAAAAUGAUCCACGUGAAUGGUCAGUGUAACCAGGCAGGAAGGGAUUACAUCAUGAAAGAUUUUAUGGAAGUUUUGUUAAACCCUGAUCCACAGGAUUCGUUUUUAGGCAUUUUUGACGGCCAUGGGGGCCCAGAAGCGGGCGAUUUCGCCAGGAACCACUUGUGACAUCCGUAAAGGCCAGAUUAGAAGCAAUAGAGGCUGGAAUUCUUGUUCCAUUUCCUCAACCUGAAUUUUCACCCAUGUUGAUAGCCUGUUCUGUUUCAUACCCCCAAUUCGCCACAGAAUCCCCACUGCAGCAUUCCCAACCCGAAACAUCAACCCUCGCCGACACACAGCCAACACCACUAACGCCAACUCACCUUCCGCAAACUCUACCGAGCAUCUCACCAAUAAUUGUAUCCAGCCUACCAGACGAAACUGCAGUUAAGCUCAAGGAAAGCAGAAUGAAGUCAACAACACGAAAGAAGUAUACACAGAAAUGCUUAGGGGAGAUUUUUACUCAAGAUGAACUUGUUGCUUCCAACUUGAGUGGCACCAAGGAUAAACAGAAGUUAAACAAGUGCAAGAUUAGAUCGAUUUUCAGCGAGUACAUUAUCAAAUCAACUUCAUGAUCAAUCCGAGUUAAAGAUAGCAGACAAUUUAUUCAGAUUAUUGUUGGUAUCACUGAUACCGUGUAAAAAUAAUAACCUUUCUAGGUUUUAGGCCAAGACAGAACGAAUUUCUAGCAUUUCAACUAUUUAAAAAAGCAAUGAAAAGCUGAUAAGCACCAUGCGAUUUUAUUUUGCUGGUCAAGUUAAUAAUCAUCCCUCCUCUUCAUUUAGAAUUAGAAAGUCUGGUACUUGUCGCAUUUCCUCUUAUGGAAACUGAAAACUAAACGCAGGUGCGCAAGGAGAUAGCAGCUACAAUAUAGAUGAAGUGCAGAGAAGUGAAAAGAGAUAGACAGUCUCUACAAACCAGUCACACUUCUUAAUUUUUGCAUUAUUCAUGAAUGACAAAAACAAAAAAUUAUGUCCCAAACAUAAUUACAUUUUUGCGUCGGGAUACCUGUUGUUAUCAGGCACUGGCUGCAUGAACUGGGUACUAGGGAACAUGUCAUCGAGGAUUGCUUUAUUGUACAUUGCGCAAAUACGAGGGCCCUUUUCUACCUCUACACCAUCGUGUGGCAAGUUAUCUGUUCAAAUUUUUCAGGCAAGUUCUUUUGUGUUUUUCUUUUUUGUCCGUAUGGAACAGCCGAGGGUUCUGAUUUUGGGUCACUCCUUUAUACGUAGGCUCUGGGAUUUUAUUAUUGGGAAUAGUACCACAUAUAACUUUAAUUAAAACAUUAAUACCCCAGUUACAAUUCAUUGGCAGGGCGUUGGGGGUCGAACAAUCGAUAAGGUUAGGUGGUUUGAUAUAACCGAAGUGGAACAUUUUAAACCUGAUGUUGUAAUUUUACAAAUCGGUACUAACGACCUCACACGCCGUCGGUCCUCACCAGCAUCUGUUGGCUCUGCCAUCGAGGAUUUGGUCUGUUUAAUUCAUAAUGAGUACGGGGUUUGCUUAGUUUGUGUCGGUCAGGCCGUUAAAAGGCACCCGGUUAGGGCAUUCAAUGCAAACGUACAAAUCCUGGCGCAGUACCUUCAAGGGGUCUUAGAACCGCUCCCCUUUGCCAUAUAUUGGACGCAUCGGGGACUUUGGCAGGCUUCCCAUUCAUACUUGUCAUACAAUGGUGUCCACUUAAAUACAGAAGGGCAGCAUAAACUGUACAGGAGUGUAAGGGGGGCAGUAUUGCAUUGCUUAAAACGCAUAAAAACAUAAGGAAUUUCUCGCCCAACCAGUUUUAAUUUUUGGCAAGUUCAUAGCCUUAGACAAGGAUUUGCGUUAAGUGGGCUUUUGGUGUCUUUCUAUGUUCUGUCCAUGUGCUUUUGUUGCAAUUUAAUAGUUACUUUGGGAUUCCGUGCAUUCCUGUGUGAUGCCCAUCCCUGAUUUAUGUCAAUCAUGGUCUUUGGAAUUUGUUGCGUUAUGUUGCCUGAGUGACAACCAAAUCCGGCCGUCGUUGACGUGCCCAAUUCACUCCAGCUAUUAACACUUUUACAUGUGUCUUUAUAGAUACCUAUGUGAUCGGCCCGUGACUGACGCUCUCACAUCACAUAUGAUGAAAUACGAUUGUUGUAGCUGGUUAAUGGGCAUCCUGCAUGUUUUAAUUAGCGUACAAUGCAUUCUGCCCCCUUGAUUCUCCUUGUUGUCUAAUCCCGACUUUGCCUAUAACAUGUCCGAAUUAACUCUAGCUAAGUGUUAUAGGCCUUAUUAAUCAGCAUGCCGCCACGAAGGAAAUUGCGACGAACAGCAGGACCGGCAGAUGAUACCAUCAACGUACAAUUUGUUCCUGACCCGGUCGAAAUCCCCCCUCCCAAGCGGCCGUUGAGCCGUCUACAUCUGGUAUGGGAUUGGAGGGCCUUUCCGAUGCAUUGGUUUCAUCUGUUGUAGCUGCAGUGAAAACGGCGAUACAGUCGACCAACGCGGCCCCACCAUAAUAAAUUGACAUAAUCAAAAAAUUACCUUUUGUCACAUAUUUUUGCAAACUUUAUAGCUUUCUCUUUUCAUUUUUCUGAAAUCCUCCGAGAUGCUGAAUAGCUGAACUUUUACCAGUUUGAAGACCUGAAGCCUAUCAUCAUUCAACUUUUAAACAAUGACGUGAAAGCUUUCGUUCAAAUAGUAAAAACGAUGACCUUUCCUCACAAAACAAGACACUGACUUUCUAAUAAAUCACACCAGCCCGCAGCCAAUGCCAGUAUCCUGUAGCGUUAAGUUUAUGUCAUGGCUCAUUAUUAUCUCCCAUUUUAAUUUUAUUUUCCUACAUUUCAAACUCAUUAUUACACAUUAACAUCACCUAAAAACAAAGGAAAAAAUUUGAACCAGGGAUAAAACUGAAUCACAACAAGUCCGACUACAGUAUUUGCAAUCUAUGACACAAAACAAUUUAAAUACCAGUUGGUGGACGAAACGUGGAUACUCAGUCACUGUGUAUUUACAAAGUUUCGUACACCACUUUCAGGGAUACAGCUUCAUUGCAUGGUAUUCUGUACCUACUACUCCCACAAUUCAAUUAAAAAGUUGCUCUUUGCGAUAAUGAAAUGUGUAAACCAUGCAACUCCCCAUGUUGCGCUGUUUCUCGUCACAAAACUCCAUCUGCCCAACCCUACACGAUUAAUUGUGUGCCUGUUUAGCAUGUUUAGGAUAUCAAAAAGGUUCAUAAUUUUACAGAGAAUUCUGUGAUCAAAAAUUUCAAUAAGGUAAAAAUAGAAAUCUCUUGAAAGUCAAAGUCCAUAUAAUGUAAUUAUUUAGUCUUUCGAUCAGUUAGUGCUGACUUUUUUUUCAGAGAGAGGGCAAAGUUCUUCACUUUGCGCCGAUUGAAAUGCAAUAGUCGUUCUAAGGACAAGACUAAAGUAUUUACCCGCAUCAAACAACACUGUAGACUUCCACAUUUAUUCACGACCAAAAAGAGAUUUUUCUGGAUGUAUUUUUUAUUAAGUUUAUCAUUAGUAAACACCAUGCGAUUGUCACGAGGCAAAAACGACAUAAAGGAAAAGAAAACAUACCUAUGCUUUGAAUCAUCAAGUUUCACAUACAGGCAGGUUCUUUACGACUAUGCCAAUUGUUACAUGUAGAGAUUGUACUAAAAACAAACAACCGGAAGCGGAAACGAGUCUUGUGUAUGACGUAUUCAUCCAGGUUAUCAAAAAGAGAGCGCGAGCUGAACGAGUGACGACAGAAAAAGAAACGGAAUAAACGUGUGAAGCAUGUGAAGUGUAAAGAAGUUUUACGGUUUAUUUGUGGACGCAUGAAACAAGGGUAACGUCGACAACUAACCUGUUCGUCCUCUUUUUCUCAAGCAGAGCAAAGAGUUGAUACCUUCAACUCCCUUGGAGAAACGUUAUCAAGUUUACAAGACUAAAACAGUCUUGAAAGCAGAAAGACAAUGAAUCAAGACCAAAUACAAACAACAGUAGCAUAACUUAGGACGCUUAAAUUCAGAAGACGUUACAAUGGAAUGCUGAUUAUAGUAAAACAGCCAAGGGAUGUGCAGCUGCUCCUUCAUGAAUGGAAUAGCCUGUCAGUUGACAAGGAUGGGAUACUCAAAUCCUCAUUCCAAAAAAACUGCGCUCACUGAUUCUUAAGGAGUUGCAUGAGAAAAUGGGUCAUCUCGGAGCGGAUUGCACUUUACACCUAGCCAGAGAGCGCUUCUAUUGGCCACACAUGCAGAGCGACAUCGAGCACUAUAUUGGGCAUGUCUGUCAAUGUGUUAAACGUAAACCUCCGACUCUCAAGAUCAGGGCUCCAUUACAACCCAUCACCACUACUGCACCAUUCGAACUGAUUGCUAUCGACUUUCUCCAUCUGGAGAAGAGCAGUGGAGGGUACGAAUAUAUUCUUGUUGUGAUGGACCACUUUACUCGCUAUGCGCAAGCUUAUGCUACAAAGAACAAGUCAGCCAGAACAGUCGCUCAGAAGCUUUAUAAUGAUUUCGUCCUUUGAUUCGGCUUUCCUUUAAAGAUUCACCAUGACCAGGAAGGAGAGUUCGAAAAUCAUCUUCACCGAGAGCCAGAGAAGUUGUGCGGCGUGGGACACUCCCGAACCACCCCUUAUCAUCCACAAGGGAACGGACAAGUUGAACAAUUCAACCGCACUUUGUUGAAUAUGCUCCGCACCCUACCAGAGACACAGAAAUCACGAUGAGCAGAUCACCUUAAUCAAGUCGUACAUGCACAUAAUUGCACGAAGAACUAGGCUUUCACUGGUUUUUGGUCUCUCCUUUGGCAUUUUAUCUGAAUAUAUAGCUAUUUGGGGCAAAUGAAGGGAGCGCCACCAAACAACGCUAUGAUCAUCAUGUCCGGUUCAGUGUUGCACCCGGAGAUAGAGUCCUUGUCGAACCUGAGGUAAACUUUGCUCGCACUGGGAAGACCGAAUUCAUGUGGUGAUUAGUCGUAAAGGUGAGGACAGUCCAGUCUAUGAGGUCCUGGUGGAACACGAAUUUACACAGAAACCUGUUGUUGCCAUGUAACCAUCUACCAGUAGAUGUUGCAGGACCCCUCAGGAAGUAACAAAUCAAAAACCCAGUGUACCAGGCUAGAGCUGUUGUGCAAUCACUUACCAAUGACAGUGUACCGUUACCAUCUACUGCAUAUGCCCAAGGUCCUCCUCUUGCGUGGCAAACAAGUUUACCAGCUACCUGGCAGCCCCUACCACCAAUGACCAUGCAGCCGUUUCCCUCAUUUCAUUAUCCAAUGAUCUUUGGCUACCAGGGGAUGCCUCCAGCAAACUUUAGUUACCCAGCGAAAGUUGGUUGCCAUGGACUAUAUCCAGUGACCUAUGGACACAUGCAAAUGCCAAGCCCUACAUUCUAAGACUGCUGUUCGACAAAAAAAAAACCUUAGUUUCGUUUUGUAAAAAAAAAAAGGACAAAAAAAGACACCGUCAGAAAUAAGUAGAACUUUAAGGAGGGUGAGCCCUCAGGAUAGGAAACGUUACCAGAACACUGAAUGGCUGCAGCCUUUAUGGAUUAUUGGUACCGAUGUAACUACGUAGAAGAUGAAAUGAGUCAAAGAAUCCGGCUUAUCAAAAAGAGAGCGCAGGCUGAACGAGUGACAAGAGAAAAAGAAACGGAAUAAACGUGUGAAGCAUGUGAAGUGUAAAGAAGUUUUACGGUUUAUUUGUGGACGCAUGAAACAAGGGUAACAAAUGGGGUACAUUUUUUGAGAUAAAUGAUUUUCAAAACAGACAACAACCCUUUCAUAUGAGCGUGAAAAGUGAUCAUAAUGUCGCUAUCACCACACUGGAAUGUAAUUUGAAGCAAGACAGAACCCUCGCAUGGUUUUCUAAGUAAAAGUUCUACUAAUCAUGCGAUAAUUGAACUUCUUGAUAAGAUAACAAAAACCAUAAAUUCACUGUCAGGUUAGUGCUUGAUUUACCAAAAGCAUUUGACACGGUAAAUCAUAAUAUCCAUUAACUUUAUUUCUAUGGUUUUCGUGGCAAAUUUCAUGCUUGAAUAAAAAAUUACCUUUCCAAUAGAAAACAAAUUGGUAAAUAUAAGAGAAGGUCAACAGAAAAAAAGUUACUUGUGGGGUCCCACAAGGUUCUAUUCUUGGACCGUUAGUAUUAUUAAAAUACAUUAACGACCUGAACAACUCAACCAGUAAACUAUACACUAUUUUAUUUACUUGGUUCAGGAAAAGACAGGGGCGGACCUUUAGAAAAGUUAUGGGGCAGGGGGGGCAACAAAGUGCCCCAAAAAAUUCAUGCAUGCAGAAUAGACCAGGAAAAACAUUCCUGCCUUGGCCUUCCACACAUUUUGCACAAAUCUCAAGAAGGCAUGGAAGAAAGCGUACUGUGUGCAAAACAACAGCUCUCUGAAUACAUGUCCUACUCAAUUUUGGUCUAGUAAAUAAUCAUACCUGAUAUAAAAAAAUAUAUCUGAGGCUUGUAAGCUUAUACACUAUAGAGGAGCUAUAACCAUCAAGGGCACCUGGCAUUACUAUGAUGAACUAUGGGAGAGGCACAAUAAAGGCCAGGGACUUAAAAAAAUGUGUGGCAAAUGUCUCAUCUACUCCUACUGGCUUUCUCCUAUCUCACUGUGCUCAUAUCGCAUCAGAUCUUUUAGAGUGGUUCAACAUAAAUUAUUUUAUGUAUCCUUUAAGAAUGCCACAAUAGACUUAAUAAUUAUUAAUGAGAAUACACUCUCUUUGUAUAAUAUCAUAUGAAUGCCUUAUUUUGUGGACAGUGAUGAACUAACAUUGGCAACUUUCAUGUUUCAGCCUGAAACAUUCCUGCCAUGACUUGUUGUAGGCAAUGCUGUUUACAGGUAAAAUGUCAGCAAUGCAAUAUGAACUUACGCAGUACCAAUGUACCUGCAAUACAGGAUACCUGGUGUAUAAAAGGCCUUUGUGAACUGUAGCUCAAUUUAUUUUCGCAUACGUGCCCAGGUAGCCCAUAUUUCAAUCAUGCCCUUGGCUAAGUGAACAACUGAAUGAUUGACUGAUUUAAUAUUUUUUUUAGUUUAGUGUUACUUUAAGAAAAAAAAUAUUCGUCCACAACAUCUCGACAAAAAAAUAUAUUCAUUCAAGUGAAAGAGUAAAGAAAAAAAUUCCUGGCGCUCGAAGAUCCCCCCCCCUCACCCCCAUAACUUUUCUAAUGGUCCGUACCUUAAAAGAACUGGAAUUGUUAAUAAAUGAGGAAUUAGCUCAUGUCCAAGAAUGGCUAAUGCUAAAUAAACUGACUCUUAAUGUAAAAAAUCAAAUUUCAUUAUUUUCAAAUCUCACAAAAGGAAGCUGACAAAACAUCUGAGUCUAAAAUUAAACAAUGAGAUAUUACAGUGCAUACACUUUCAUAAUGGCAGACCGCUCGGGCGGAAUGGUAACUACUAACAUCACAGCGAGGCUAGUUAGGCCAGAAAGGUCAUCAACAUGGCAACCGCUACGACAACACGUGUCGCAGUUCUUACCGAAGAGGAUAUCCCUGGUGCUUCUUUGCAUGGAUGAAAACCAUCUGAACUUAAAAAUGAUGAGUUGAAGUUCUGGUUACGGUGUAGAGGUGAUCGGGCAAAGGGACUUAAGACGAAAGCGGAGCUUGUGAAAAGGUAAGGAGUCGGUUUGUUUACAAUGCAAUCGGUUUUUUUACUUCUAUUCUUUUCUCGACAAAAUUUAUUUUUUCAAUUCCUUCGCUUGACAUGUAACUCUAUUUUCAGAGUUGAAGAGUAUAUUACCUCUGGAAGAGACAAAACCAUCGUCGAUCCUGAGCCGACCGGAUUAUAUACCAAGAGAAAACAGCAGAUCGCAGAUUCAUUGAAUACAGAUCCGGUCGGCAAGGUCGAUGUUGUGAAUUACCCAGAAAGUGGAUGGGGUAAUUCGCUGGAAAAAAUGCCGAUGUUUACCCGAGCAGAAAUGAACGAACAUAUUGCAAGAUCGGGUAAGAACAUUGGAAAUAUUCAUCACCAUUCUGUGCCAACAACACUUCGCAAAACAAAGACGUUUCUUGAAGAUUAAUAUCUUCACGAAAUCAUGGCAACCUGUGAUGAACACUGCUUUUAUUUCAAAGCAAAAUGCUGCCACAGUUACAGGAAAAACGACCCGCCGCAUCAGCUAAAAUUGGCCUUGUGUAUUGUUAAGGGUGACGUUCUCAAUUCCACUUGUACCUGUGUGGCUGGAAAAGUGGGAUUUUGUAAUCACACAUCAGCGCUAAUGCUGAAACUUUGCAAAUUCAGUCUAUAUGAAGCUAAAACUACGAGGGACUUACAAAAAGACGCAGACGAGAAUCCGCAAGUAGCAUGUACUUCCCAGCUUCAAUCCUGGAACAAGAAAGGUGGAGGCGAAAAUUUAGUAGCUCAACCUGUCAUGGAGGUUGUGGUAAAAAAGGCCAAACUGGAUGAACCAAGCACCUCACGUUGUGGCGGUGGUGUGAAAUGCUUAUUGUAUGAAGCCAGAAGACAACCACAACAUGAUCUGGAAAGAGAGAAGGCUUUUAAAUCUGAACUUUCAGGAAUUGAUAUGAACAAAGAAAAAAACCUAGCUUUUGAACUGAGUGAUACUAAAUUUGGCAAAAGUCCUGUUGGGUCGUUCUUGAGUUAUCAAACUUCUUUCACAGAAUCGAAUUUCUCUACUCAAGCGAAUCUAGCCUCAGUUCAGAGAGUAAAUGAUGUUGCCAUGGACCUCACUCAUUAUCCUCGCUUUCCUAUGACAAAUGAGGAGGACAUGACCACACCUCGGGAGCUCUCAGAUUCUGAGAAGAACUUGCUGUCUACUCUAAAUGUGGAUGAAGACAAAAUCCAUGAAUUCGAAAGCAAAACAAGGGAUCAAUCAGCAUCUGAAAUGUGGAAGCAAGAACGCACCUAUCGAUUUACUGCCUCUAACUUCCAAGCGAUUACCAAGAGGAAAAGGAAUCAUGAUACCUAUGCACAGUCCAUCAUGCACCCAAAGCCAUUUUCCUCGAAAUAUGUUGCCCAAGGCAUUAAGUAUGAACCCAUCGCUCUUCAAGAGUAUCAGAAAUUCAUGUUCAACCAGAAAACACCAGUAGCUGUUUUAAAGGAGUGGAUUUGUCAUAUCAAAAAGUAGUCCAGUACUAGGUGCCUCGCCUGAUGCAAAAAAUUUUGGAUAAAGGAUGUGUACAUUGCUUUGGUUUGGGAGAGGUAAAGUGUCCCUACACCAAGUUCCAUGUAACACCCUUGGAUGCAUGCUCUGAUCCCAAUUUUUUUAUGGAGAAUAUAAAUGACAAAGAGUGCAGACUGAAAAGGGAUCAUGCAUACUAUGCACAUGUGCAAGGACAAAUGGGGAUAACUGGAAGCAAGUGGUGUGAUUUCAUUGUUUAUACCAGCAAGGAACUGUAUGUGGAGAGGAUAGCCUUUGAUCCUGACUACUGGAAAAACUUACAAACUGAACUUUUAACUUACCAUUUUUUACACUUCAUUAAGUUUGCUGCUGAGGACUAUCAGAAAAAUGCAGUAGAUAAUUAGCUAUUCAAUGCCCUUUGAUUGUAUAUAUUGUAGGCUUUUCAACUUUUUUGGUGGCAAUUCAGUAAUUAAUUUACUUAUGUCUUGUUACAGUAUCACUACUCCAAACAAGGCCACCCAAGAAAAAGCUUUCCAAAUUGUCCAAUAGUAUUGGAGUGUGAAAGCAAUACAAAUGGUUCCAAUUUAUUACUUUUGAAGCACACAACUUGCAUAAAAUUAUUAUUUGUGGGAAAUCUGUUGUUGGCACUGCAGGAUUUCAUUCGAGUAUUUCCACUGGCAGAAUUUGGUUGGGUGGUCUUAGUUGGAGUAGCUGCACUGUAACUGGGAGGAGAUUGAUUCUCCACACCCUUGUGCCAAUAUACACAAGUUAUUCUUAAUUUUGUCCAUGUGCUUGUUCCUUUUUAUGAGAGACUAUUUUAGAUUUAAAGACAGUUCCCUUGCUUAAUGGUGUACAUAUUUGUGCGGUACAGGCAAUUGUAGUGUUGAUCAUAGGACAGAAAUUGUUGUCAACAAAAAUAUUUUUUACACUGCCUGUAAAUGUAAGUCACAUGUUAUUUGAUAUUUUUUAAUGAAAAAUGUAAUAAGAAGCAUGCAUGGCACCACAAUGUUAUUUCUUUUGAAUAAAAAAAAACUGAGGAAAUAUUUAUAUUGACUGCCAAUAGCAGGGAAACUGUCUGGUUUGAUUUUGAGCUGAUAUACACAGGAAUAAAAUGUCACACAAUUUUAAAUUGGAUCACAUCUUUUUUCUUAUGUGAGUGGAGACCGGUAGGAGUAAUAGCCACUUUACAAACUGAAAAACAACAAUAACAAAAUAGUAUCACCCCCUGGGUAUUCGGUUGUCUACACAUGUACAUAAUUUUGGACCACUUAAAGCUAAUGUUAUAGUGAUAUUCAAAGAAUAGUUCUUGUCCCAGUUUAUUCAAAUAGAAAUAAUGUUUGGUUGAGCAUUACAUAAGAUUGCACAGACUGCCCACAUUUGAUUGACAACCCCAAACUGAUGGAGGGGCACAACUCCAUCCCAAAUGUGAAAAUUCUUGAUUUUGUUUAUAGCACGCUCAACAUGAAUUCGCAGGCUUGAAAUUUCCUGAGUGCGAACAACAUCUUGUGCUGGCAUUUGAUUUGAGCUGCCAAGAAAGGGAGGAAUGUUCAAGGAAACUCCUAAAGGUAACAAGUCAUCGAUUGUAAAUCCUUUGUCUGCCAUGACUGAGUCUCCAUCUUGCAAUGGCAAAUCCAACAAUCCACUUCUGACAACAAUCUCUCUGUCAGAGAUGCUGCCAGUAUACAGCUGGCUGAUGAAGGUUAUUGCACCCCCAGGAGAAAUGCCAAUUAAUCCCUUCAGGGUUGUGUGGUGUUUAUAAUUACUAAACAGCUCCCCAUUUAAAUGCAAACUACUGGGCAUUUGACACCUCACCUCUGUACAGUCGAUAAUAACUCUUGUAGAACUAUAUUUUUGCUUGAAAUCUUCAGGCAUUGUCUCAUUAAUUACUUGCCUUGUUGGCCAAAUGUUUAGUUGGCCUAGCCUCAAAUACAUGAAAUUUAUCCAGCUGAUAAAAAUCCGACUAACUGUUGAAGUGGAUAUGUCAAACAGAUGACUUAAGUGCUCCUCAGGAAAGCCUUGUCUGAGUCUACACAUCACAAGGAAAUAUUCGUCAAAAGGCCUCAAUGACCUACUUCUGCCUUUCUUGCUUCCAUUAGCUGCCACCUCCUCAUAAACGCUGGCAGAUACAUUUUUCCUUGAAGACAACCAGUAUGUGAUGUUUUCACCCAUAUCACCAGGAUUCAGGUAUCUAAAAACAGACAUAAAUACCUUCCAGUUUGGAAAUCCAGUAUAAAAAUGGAUUGACGCAUCACUGCUUUGAAAUCUUUUAAUAGUGAAGACUUGGUUUUGCAAAGAUUCAAUACGUCAAUUAGCUCUUUCAAGAUUGGAUUCAAGGUCCACUAUUUGUUGUGUCAGCGAGGUCUCAGUGCCUUCCUUUGGUUCUGUGGUUUGAGUCUCUGCGUCCAUUUUCAAGUUUUCAGACAGGAUGCUUUCCACAGUUUCCCUUUCUUCUAUGCGAUUUUCCCCUUCAUCUACGCAGUUUUCUGAGUUUUCUGGCUCGUCAUUCGUUCCGGUUUCUUCAAAAGGAUUUCGGCUUGUUUUAUCGAUGCUUUUGCGUACUGCUGGCGCUUUAUGUUUCCGGGGAGAGGUGCGAGUCUACGCAAACUUCGAAGGAACAGCAUUCCCUCGCAGCUCCGUUCUGCCAGCGAGGGUCUUUACAAAAUCAUAUUCUGGCCUAAAAUGUCUCGAACAGACCUUGGUUCCCUUCGUGAUCCGAAAAUGGAUGGCGUGAAGCCAAUGUUUACGGCGACCAACAUGAUCAGGAAACUUGAAGAACGAGACUUUCCUGCCAUCAUCCUCGCGACAACCUUUCUUGGUGCACUCGGGAACACAGCAGUGCGUGGCAUUUUUUAAGCCCAUGGUAAUUAUCUGAGUAAUUUCGAUUUCAGAUACACAAAAACACUCGAUUACGUUUUCACAUUAUCACGUUCGACGAUACAGCAAAAAACAGGCUACAUACGAGAGAGAUUUGGAACGCUUUUGCAUGUGUUUACAUUUUUUAUAAUUGAACGUGGCCUAACUAGCCUCGCUCUGAUGUUAGUAGUUACCAUUCCGCCCGAGCGGUCCGCCAUUAUGAAAGUCGUGUAUUGAAAACACCAAAUUUCUACGAAUCAUACUUGACCAACACCUGACAUGGAAAAAUCAUAUUAGUUAUGUCACUAACACGAUUAUAAGAACUACAGGUGUGCUUCAUAGAAUUCGCUUUUACAUUAGUCAACCACUCCUAAGAAUGCUGUACUACAGUUUAAUAUACCAUAACUUUAUUAUGGAAAUAUCGUAUGGGCUAAUACUUAUCCAAAGCGACUGGAAAACUUGUUUAAAUUACAACAGAAAAUAUUAAGAAUAACAACCUUUACAUCAUACACUACAACACCCCUUCCACUUUUAAGAAACUCCAUCUGUUAAAUACACACCAAAUAAUUGAUCUACUUAUCGCCUCAUUCAGUUUCGGCCUUAAUAACAAUGUACUUCCACCUUAUUUUGAUGACUUCUGUAUGAACAAAUUUAACGUGCAUAGUUAUAAUACUAGAGAAUCAAAACAACUUCACAUGAUAUUUAACAGACCGACAAAUUAUGGAAAAUACUGUACUAGGGAAAGAUAAUUAAAAUCUGGACUGAAAUACCAAGGCUAUCAAAUACUCCGCAUCUUUAAAAAUCUUUACACCGAAAAUGAAGCAAUUCAUUUUACAAAAGUGAUACUGGCAUAGAUCUUAUUUUGUUAAUCGACUAUUUAGCUUAGCCCAACAUUGUCUCCAAUGGAUUGUAAUUUUUAUAUAUAAUUCCAAUUUCUGAUACCAUCUGACUAAAUUAAGAUCGAGUAUUUUUGAAAGGGAGACUACUUUGUAAAAGCCUGCGAGGGUUUCCUUGGUCUUCUUCUCAAGUAGAGAUUGUAACAGCUAAAUAUACAUGCUGUAUUACUUUAAUAUGGGGAAUAAAGUCAUUUCAUUUCAUUUCAAGACUAUCAGCUUCAGGAAUUUUUUUUGUUAACAUUUCCUAUUUAGAAUUAUAUAACCUGUCUUUCUCGCACUUUGGGACUACGCUGUGGAAUGAGAUACCCUCACACUUCCGACACUGCCCCAAGAAUAAACCCAAAAAGCAAUCUGCAAAUUACUUUUUGAUAUUCUGAAUUUAGAAGAUAAAAAUGUUGAUACACCCACCUUAAUUGUCAACGAGCAGCCUCGUGAAGAUGCACCAUAGUUAAGUUAUUUCUUUCUUUUCUUGCUUUCCGAUCGAAAGAUGGCCCGUCAACAUCCAAACCACAAAGCUAAAAAGCUCGGGUCUAAGCUUGGCAGCAACAAAAUAAGGUAAAACAGGUUCUGUGGAAUGUUGAGGGAAGAAGUGUGUACAGGAAAUCCCAAUACGAGAAGUUAAGGAGGCUAGAGAGCAGUAUUCGAAAGAAAAUGGGCAAGAAAGGAAAGGGAUUUUGACAGGGGCCAUAAAAAACGGAUUAGCUUUCAACAGAGUUUUCCUUUGUUCAAAAGCCUGGUGUAUGGUGCACAGGAUAUCACAAACAAGGUAUAUCAGUUUUCAAAUUACUUAAUGCAACUUAAGACUAGUAAUCUUCAAAUGCAAAAUCAGUGUGGCACUAGUUGAAUAUCUCAGUACUUUAACACACUAUCAAUAUAUAUUUCUUUACAUAAUUCUGUUAGUAAUUUGUGAGAGAAACCAAAGAACAAGCCGAAACAGAGCAAAAGCCAAAGAGGAAGAGUUUGGAAUAUAAUUUAGCAAUUGAGUGGUUUAGAAACUUCUCAAAAAACGCUGAUCAUAUGCCAAAUUCACCAUUAAGGCCACUUCCAGCAUGCCUUUCAAAAAGGCAAUUAACUUCAUAUUAUGUACAAGGCAGAGAUGGGGGAGAAGACAGUGCUGAGCCGAAACCAGUUCAUUUACAAGAUGUGGAAGAAGAAUUUUCCACAAGUUUACAUUCCUUAGGUAUAAACAUGGUAAUGGUAAUAAACAAAGAAACCUUUGCAAAUCAUUGACUGCCGUUAUGCCACAGACACUAUCUAACCAUAAAUAUCACAAUUAUUAACUAUGUUUGACUUAACUGUUAAUCGUAAAUGACGCCCUUUACGAUUGAUAACUACAAAGUACCAUUUUCGUUUAUGAUUAAUAAGUGCAAAGCUUGCCCUUUCUAAUUAUUGACUUUGUAAGUUUGACUACAAAAAAAUAAACAUAACUGGAGAAGACACUAUUGUGCCAUAACCUGCAAAGAGAGAAACUUCUAAUCCACCUGCAAGUUGUUCGGCAACAACUCCUUUUUCCCAGCUGUUCCUAUUGAGUAAUUCUAGUUCUUCGAUUUCCCCUUUUGAUUGAAGACCUACUGAUAGAAAAACCAAUGGCACUUCAAAAGUCAGAGGAAACAGUGAAAACCACAUUGGGUCUUGCCUGUAGUGCCACGGAAGUGGUCUUAACUGAAGAAGAGAUGGCCAGUUCCAAUGAUGAUGGCAGUUGACAAAAAAGUAAGCUGGAGGACAAAUUGCUAAAGAUAGUGAAACAAGAUUUCUUUUUUUAAUUCACUGUUGAACAUUUUUCGCUGCUAUGUGAAUAAAAUGGUUGGGGGGCUUGGCUGAAUUUUGAAAUAUCUUGUGUCAGGUGUUUAAUUUAUUCUCAACGUUGUUCUCAGUAACUGAAUGAAAAUUCGUUGGAAUUCUAGAAAAGGUGAAUAAUGGUGCUUUUAAAAAAAGUUCAGGAGUCAAAAACAACUACACGACUCCCCUGUUCCGUGAUGCUCAAGAGACCCUCAAGGGUCUCCCUCAAAAGUUGUUUGUUGUUCUUUAAAAAUAUAUAAAAAUACGCCCAAAACUUACAAACCUUACUUUUUCCUUGACUUCGGUUAAGUGACUGCAAAUGAGAUAAUGAAACGUUCAUGUUCACUUGACUGUGCCACCAAUCUUAGUACAAGAGGUACGCUUGCACUCUCAACGAGCCAAUUCAUCUGAUGACUCACCGCCCCUUUCCUUUCGCACACCCAAAAAGGUGAAGAUUAUAGAUCUAAGAUAAACUAAUCGCUUAUUUUCAGGUCUUACAUACAAUCAAUAAUCAAGCAGGAACAGCCCCAACGUCUUACUAAGAAGACAUUUAAAGAUGCUGUUAAUGCAAAGUGCCGACAAGUAAAGUGUACGUGGCAGAAGCCUAAGGAAGGGAGAAAGGAGAGAAACGAGAAGCCUUGAAUUGUCAACUUUAGUUACCUCUAAAAGUAUAGUCUUGUUAUCCAGUGUCCAUUUUUCAAGUUCAGCCAAAAAAAAAGCGUUUUUCAUACCUUGAAUAUUUUUCUUUGUCUUUGUUAUUGUAACAAAACGACAAAGAAAGAAAUGGGUUCUUUAAUUUUCUACGUUUUACGCGAACAGUUGUUAAAAUGAAAAUAUUAACUGAAUUCUGUGAGUGCUUCUGAGAUACAUGCCCUUACUUGACUACAAGUAAGAACAACCCUUUCAUAGUAUUUACCAUCAAUUUUCAUGAGAUUUAAUGCCUUUUAAGAAAUAGCGCAACCUCUGAGAAAAAUAUGAAUAAAACCUCAAUGAUAAGAUGUACAACAAGUAGAGAGACUUGAAAGAUUCUGAAAACCCUGUUUUCUUUGUGUUUAAUUCAUUCCAUCUAGUUUAACUGUAAUGAAGGAUGAGGCACAUGGCAUUCGUUCAAUGUUGCUGUGUAAAACUGGUAAGUUUUCAGUCAUCAAUAAGGAACCGAUUUACAGGCAGCAUUCACAAAUGUACUUUGAAAACCUACGCAAGUCUUGAGAAUGAAUAAAAAAGACUGAAAGUAUGGUAAUUUUCUGGAUGUAGGCAAUGCUUAAAUUUAUUAACAAAGCAGCAGAUGGGCCUGGCCAGAGAAUCUUAGUUGUUUCCAACUGAUGAACGUGCAUGCACUAAAGACAGCUUACAGACUGCACACUUUACAGAUCAUGUGCAGACCUGUUUUUUGUUUCUCACCUGCAGGAAAACAUCUUUGCAGAUGAUGAAGGCAAUAGGAAACGCCACAGACAGAAAACAAACUUCAUAUAGAGAAGGUAUUUCACCAUUUUCCUCGAUCUCUUAAUCCAGUAGCGAGGAAAAUGACAACAGUAAAAUGAACACAGAUGAAGGGCACAGUGACAGAGAAGUUACAAAGAGAGUAACAACAAUGAGAGCAGUGAUGGACUCAACAGAAAUUGUACACAAAGUAAGGCAAAAGCCUGAAGAUAUUAAACUGCAACAUCAGAAGAGUGAAAUAAAUAACGAAAAUAUAAGAGAUCAUGACCAAAAUAAGAAAAUGAGAAUUCAAAACAACAGAGAAUUACAAAUCUGAGGAUCACCAAGUUACCAAUACUGGGAAAAGAACAACAUGAGAGACCUUUAGCAUCAGGUUUUUUAUAGAAAACCGCAAACAGCAGUUUACAGUUACACUUUGCAGUUUCACGUUGCCGAGAUUUCAAAUUUUAGCAAGGCGUUCAGUUGAAUUCAGUUCAUUAUUAUUUCAGCCCAGAAGAAACCAGAAUGCUUAUGAAGCCUGGGCUCGCCAGUGUCAAAGAAACAAGUAAAAUAACAUGAAAUUCGUGGAGAGAUAUGUUAAAAAUAGGAAGGAAACAGACCGAGUUAAGCUAUGAAUUCAGUAACAAGAUAGAAAAAAAACUCCAAUUCUUAAUUGGAACAGAAUAGUUUCUUUUGUUAGUACGGCAGAAAGGAAUAUAAACUUGAUUUGAACUACACGUUCAUUGUUUAGGGCCACCAUGCUGUUUUCAUCAAAUCGAACUGCAUCACUUUAAUCGCCCAAAAAAACAGCAAUAAUUCAUUGAUUCAAGAUCAAAAAUCCAACAAACACAUCGAAAAUGGAUAUAAAAAGCUAGUUCAUGCCUGUAAACGUGAGGCUGUACAAUUUUUAGUGGCAAAAACCCUUGGCGUAAGAGGUGAUGAUGAUUGAAAACAGAAAGUUUAUGAAACCACAGGGAGCCCAGAAUCACAACAGCAUACUGGAAGCCAAAUUAUAAGGAUUUGUAUGGAAAUUUAUCUUAAGAUCGAUAAAACAGUUAAACUGUACAAAAACAGCUAUUAAAGUAUACAUACGUCAUAAAAAGUUGUGUCUUUGUUGUUUUCUUACUGUUUCCUGCCCUAUAAACGCCAUUUUAGCAAGUUUUAAUGUUUUGGUUUCUCAACUAUUAAGAAAAAUACAAAGGAAAACUCGAACCGUACUACGCUGCCAGAAGAAAAAGCUACAAAAAUUACCUUCAUUCCACUCCAAUCGCUCCCAAACUUCGCUUGAGCGCAGAAUCUUGAUUUUCCUUUCUCGAAAAUUUCAAUUUAGUUCCAAACAUCAAGCAAUGACCUCAAGAGGGCGAGAAAUGUCACUAAAUAAUUUGAACUUGCCGCGUCCGUAACACCGGUCUUCUGCAAAGUGACCUACCGAUGGCGUGUAGCCACGUCACACGUUCAAGUUCCCCCUCGGCAGGGAUGGACACGGGAAAAAUCAACCUAUACAAAACCAGAUUCGCAGGGGUAUCCAGGGAACGCUUUUGCGCGCGUAUCGUAUCUAAUUACCUUACAGACAAGGCCCUUCAAUCUGCUUUGAUUAGUGGAACUUGAUUUUCUUUGAUUUAAUGCUCAUCCACAAAAACGGACGACAAAGUGAGGUUUGAAACCAGUGUUUCUUGUUUUUGCUCCAUGCGCACAUGCUUUGCAAGAAAUUGCUGACUACAAAUGCACUCACAGUAAACUUGAUCCUCCUGAAUUUAAGAACAAAGGCAGAUGUUUCUCUUUCGAAAGAUGUCUUUGACAACGUCAUAAAAAGUACACUUGAAAGAGUGAAUGUUCCUGGAAAAAGCAAUCUUGCACAACACCAGUCGAAGGACUUGGACUUGCUUUAUUUUCUGUGCAGUAAAGGUCCUUCUGUGUGAUUGCCAACCGGCAAUGGCAAAUCACGCAAUCACCAACUCUGUGCUGCUUUUGUUAAAGAACUUUCUUCCACUGGGUUGAAAUCAGUUCCAAGACGACUUGUUUGUUGUAAUUGUCUCUCUGCUUAAUUAUCUCACAGAAGAUCAGAUAGUUCCUGUGUAAAGAUGGGCCUGGGAACACACAAAGUAAAAUUGGAAAGCCUUGAAAAGUUGAAGGACUCCCGCAGGCCACAAGACUUUUUAUGAUUAGAAGUUUUCUUUGCCUGUGUACAACAAAGAGACGGUGAUUUUUAUGAUGACACUUACUUCUUUGACCAUGAGGCAUACUGAAAAUAGCACUACUAACAGAUUGGUGUACAUAUAUUUGUGUGUGCAGAUACAACCAAUCAGAAGUAGUGUCUAACUUUAGAAAAGCAGAAGGGUUGCGUGUCUUGUUCAACAUUGUGGGCCACUUUGGAUAGAUAUAAUUAUUUUCACGCACACCCAAUCAGUGGCUGUUCAUUUUACCAUCUGCAAUUUCUGUAUUUUGUCUGUGUUAAUGGUAAAACAUGGCUUCACUAUUAUUUCUUGCGAGGAUGUUAGAGAGGAGGAGGGAUUUCAAGCAUUUGACAACCAUUGUUAUGGUUAGGAAAUGGCCUGUUAUGACUAAUUGCCAACGAGGCAACCAAGCCAAGAAGUGAGGUUGUCUCGGCGGCAGAAUUAUAACGCUGCGUAAUGUACACAAAAACUCUCAAAUUCUGUGUAACCCUCUAAAAUUUGCAUUUUUGACCAUAUUUGGGUGUAAGACCCCAUAUUUGGGUAGUGACAUCAUGGUCUUGUAUUUACAACUCGUGGUCUGAAAUUGGGUGAUUCAGUGUGCAGCUGAUCAUUGUCUGUUCAAGAGCACCUAACAGGUGAGCAAGCUGUUAAUACGAUUUCUAGUUUGAAAGGGCAAUUAGUGCUCGGGUUUGCUUUAUAAAAUGCGUUUAAAGCAGCACCUGAUCAAGGAACAGGGCUUUACGUUCAAAUUAUUGUCAGAAACCAGCUUGUUCUUUGCAGCUCCAUUUACAUUGAGGUAGCUUGUUCGCUUCUCCACUCAGAACCAGGGUUUUCAGUGUUCUCUUUUCCUUUGUGAAUUGAAUUUUGAGCGGUAGUUGAUCAAGGUAUAGUUUUAAAGAUCAGUAUGCCUCGACUCCUCAAUAAGCUGCCCACAGCAUCUGUUUGGAUGCUUGGAAAAGAAAUUACAUCCUCUACUGUUGGUAAAGAUCUUGGCAUUUAUAUUGACCAAUCACUAACUUACAACGAACACAUUGCUAAAAACAGUCUCUACUUGCCUACAUAAACUCGUACAAAUCAAUGGAAUAAAACACUUGCUAGAUAGGAAAACAAUACUUCUCCUUAUGAGCUCUGUCAUUUUUAGUAAGUUAUUAUUCCUUAGAACACAAAGACAAAUUUUAAUUGUAUUACUCCUCAACUGUUUUGUCAAAUACUAGUAAACAUAACAUCAACAAACUUCAGUUACUACAGAAUUUUGCCACCCGUGUUGUUCUUGGCCUCAAAAAGUUUGAUCACAUCUCCCCAAGCUAUAAAAUCGCUAAAUUGGCUGCCUGUUAAUGACAGAAUUUACUUGAACAAUGCAGUGAUGAUGUACAAAUUUAUUAAGAAACUUGUGCCUGACUACCUAUUUGAGGAAUUUACUCUGCGUUCAUAAAUUCACACAAGAAAUCCUAGACAAUGCGAUCAACUGAACAUUCCAAGGUGCCGCCUAACCACCAGUCAACGGUCCUUCACCUACCGCGGUGCUAAGCUCUGGAAUAAUCUAAGAGACAAUGUUAAAACUUCAGAUUCUGUCAAAGUUUUUAGGAAAAAAAUUGUUAACCUACUUUCUUCUGAUCAAUCUAUGAAUUUGUAAAUAGUGAACGAUCCAUUGUAUUUCUUUCACUUAUUUUUUUUAUGUAUAUUUAUUAUCUUAGUUAUUUGGUAAUUUAUUUAGCUAUUUUAGUUGAUUGGUAGCCUUGUAACUGAAAAACCCUUUUGGGGAGUAGCAAUAAAGUAUGUAUGUAUGUAUGUAUGUAAGGUAUAGGGUUAUAUUCUCAAAACUUUUAUCAAAACCAGUGUGUGCUUCGCAGGUCGAAUUACAUUGAGCCAGUCCUCACCUCCUGUGAGGAAUGCAACGUAUUUGCGGGCCUUUUUAUUAGGAUUUAUGUGUUUCGGGAGAUUUUGUCAGCCAGCACAUUUUCUUGCUGCUCGAUUUACAGCCCAAAACUCCCACGAGGAGUGCAACGAAUUUUGCGGAUCUUUUGUUUUUAAGACUAUCAUUAUGCCUUUCAAGAGACUCUUUGUUCUGUGACACUCGCUCAUUAGAUCUUUGUAUUUUAUCCAAGUUUAUAUUUUUAUACCUCUGAUACAUUCCACCCCGUUCUUGCGCUUUUCACACAUUAUACUUUACACCAAAUUUUUCUUAUGUAUAUUUCCGUGCAAAAUAUUUUUAUCCCUGAUGACGCUGUUCCUCGGAAUUAAAUUAUUAUUUUAAAUUUCAGCAGUCAAAGGCCUCAUUUGAACUAUAUUUUUCUUUCUGACGUUUUUAGCUUUGAUACAAUGGAAUUUUCCAUGAAACAUAAGUACUAACUUCCUCAUAUUUACCAACAAAGCUUCAAGCCAUGUUGUUAUUGUUUAAUAAAACUGAAAGCCUAGAAUGUGCCAAAGUUGUGGUUUUGAAGUUGGGUGCCAUCCUUUUCUAUAACGGAACCUACUUUAAACCUCUAAACUAUGAAAAAAUAUCAUGAAGAUCUGAAUAGGCACAUUCCGCAAAGAUGAAUGAAUUCACCUUGUUGGCUCUUGCCAGAAGGUACCCCUAGUAUUUAAUGCUUUUAAAAGACAAAAAAUCCCAUUUUCUGUUCCAUCAACCUAAAAUUUGUAAAGCUGUUGUGAAACAUCUUUCGUUUUUGCUUUGUGACUCUUCACUUUUAAACUUGAUAAGAUGAACAGACUGAUGGUGAAACACUGUCGUGCAUGAACGAGGAGACCUUAAAAGACACUUGUGCCACCUGCUGGCAUUCACUCUAGGCUUCUUCACAAAUGUUCACAAGUUAUGAAAACUUGAAGAUGAACGUACGGAAGUUCACAAGGUGUCUACCUAAACGCAACCUGCAGCUUCAAAUGCUGAAAAAGUCAGGAGAGGCAUCCGGCACUCUAGACUACGAGCAGUCUCUCUCUUUUCUGAAGUCCGUCAAGCAAAACGCGAGACGCAAAUGGCCACGUGCAUGACUGAUGGCAAUGGAGAGGCACAAAGAAAGAGAGACUACCCACAAAGCCAGGGAGAAUGGUCUUUCACGGUCUAGUGAUUUUUUAGCGUAAGAACUGAAAUCUAAUUAGCUGUAUCCAAUGAAAUCCUGUCUCUUGAUGUCCUGUCAUUUUACCCUGUCAUUACAACGGUGACCGAUUCAAUUGGGAAAUAUGAUAUUAUUGGACAUAAAACUCGCGCUAAAUCACGCCAAAUCGAAAACGUGUUCGAAGGUUUUAAUAAUAGUUAUAAUAAUAAUAAUAACGCACAUAUUUAUACAGGAUAACCUAUCAGUUCUAAUAAAAAGAACUGCCACCAAAAGGGUCCUGUAAUUAUCUCAUAGAUAGCUAAAAAAUAAAGAAGAAAAGGGAAAGACGAAAAUAAAAUAAAACACUAAGAAAUCGAAGAUUCAAAAAUCAAAAUCUGUAAAAAAUUAUCACUCAUAAGACUGAAAAAAGUUAUGAAUUAUGGAAUACUAGUGAAAAAAACUCUUUUAAAUUACUCUUAAAAAGAAACCUAGAAUUUAAAUUUGAAAAAGCAGAGGUAAAGUAUUGUAAACUAGAGUCCCUUGAGAGGCAAAACUUCUCUGUCCAAAUUCUAAUUUGGCUCUGGGAAGUUUUAGUGAACACCCAUUGUUUCUAGUGUUAAUGUUGUGUUCAAUUUUUGCAAAAUUUUCUUUAAAACGGAUACAGAUGUUAUCCUGAAGACAAUCAAACACAAUCUGGCAGGACUGUCUCUUUAUCAAACUCUCCACUGUCUGGACUUAUAAUUUCCACCAAUGACUUUCUGACUUCGACAUUCAAUGCUUUCAAUUCGACUCUUACAGGAAUGUGACCAACAGAGACCCAAAGUUCCACAAUACAUAAAAACAGGUUGAAUCAUUGCUUUGUAGAUUUUCUCAGCACUGCUCUUGUCGAUUAAAGGUCGGAUUCUUUUGAGUAAAUUAAAUCUUCCAGCUGCUCUUUUAUACAUUUUGUCAAAAUGUGAUUGGAGAUUUAAGGACAAAUCCAAGUUUACACCCAAGUACUUAUAGGAUGACAUGGUAUUAAUCAGUGUUCCAUUUACAGUCAAAGCUGGUCGUCUUCCAUUCAAUGCAUUAAGCCUUUUGGUAGUACCAAAGAUCAUAAACUCAGUUUUGCUCUAUUUUAGAUCAAGGACAAGCUCAUUAUCACGAAACCAAGAAGACAGGUUGUGACAAUCUUCACUGAGAUGCCUUUGAAUGGAUUCCAGAUCUUUAGCAGCUGUGAAAAUUACUGUAUCAUAACCGCAUAGGUGAUGACUGAGGUUGACUGAAGAUCGUAUGCGCAUCAUUAAAAUGGAUAGUAAACAAUAGCAGUCCCAAUAUACUUCCCUGUGGAACUCAGAAAAUACGGGUUUGGCAUGUGACAAAACACCUCUGAAUUGGACUGAUUGCGUUCAAGAAAACAAAUAACCAGUAUACCAAUGAAGCUCCUUAUUGUUAAUUCCAUAAAACGGCAACUUAUCAAGAAGGCACGAGUGACUAACAGUAUCAAAUGCUUUUGACAGAUCCAUAAAGACAGCACCCAGGAUGUUUCCAUUGUCGACUUCUUUCCUGAUUAUGUCCGUAAAAUAAGUAACUGCUAGUUCCGUAGAGCGUUUGGAUCGAAAUCGGAACUGGAAAGAUGACAGCAAACCAUUAUUCUCGAGGUGUGACAACAACUGUUUAUAUACAAUCCUUUCCAAGAUCUUAGACAAAAACCCUGGGCAAUGGAGGAUGUGUCUGGCAUUUUAGUUCCAUUUAUAUUUAUAGCUGCCACAGAGCCUGUUGUAAUUUUUGUAGGGUACAACUUCUUGAUUGCUGACCAAAAUUUAUCUGAGGAAGAGGCUAACUUGCAAUAGAUCUUUAUAGUAAUAGCCCAUUUCCGAGUUCCUGCAUGAUUGGAGACUGGUGCCGAAGUAACGCACGAGAGCGAGGCUUCGUGCGAAGAAAUCCAACAUGGACGCCACUCUUGACAGCAAUGUUGCUUGUGCUGACGAAGAUUUUUCGAAAUUGAAAGUCCAUGAUUUAAAAAGAUAUUUAAAAGAGCGUGGUAUCCAGUUAAGCGAUGGGGGCAAAGGCAAGAGGAAGGCAGAGCUUGUCGAUUUGAGCGGCAGCGAUGAAACAAGCCAAGUUAGACGAUACCGCCGAAGACCGCAACAAGCUGAUGGAGGACAAACUGCGGACAAACGAUGGUAAAUUGCCAGAUCCUAAAACCUUAACCGCUUGGACCAACAACUUUUCUAACAUCCCGGAGUUUACCUUCGAGACCUUUACAACUACCUAGUGGGGAAGGAAGAUUACUCUGAGGAGAAUCUCCGUUCGUUUAAAAGUUUGCUGGGCUUUAAAUUAUUUCGUGAUGGCCAUGUUAUCGAUUUAAAGUAUUGUCCGCUAGAGAAGAACAACUUUUGUUUCUUCAAGUUUAAAGUUAAGCCCACUGAAAGAGCCAAAACGGAAGAUGGACAGGCUACUUACAAUGGUUUCACAAUUCUAAAAUCCAGCGGAGAGGUACACGCAGCAUUUUGCCCGUGUAAAGGAGGGAGUGAUGGUUGCUGCAGGCACGUUGCCGCUGUGUUGUUUGACCUCCAGGCCACAGUUAGCAAUAAUUUGAUGUCAACGUGCACUUCUGGGAAAUGUGAGUGGAAGAAAAGAAGUGGGAAUAGUCAGUAUGCUACCCUUUUAAAGAAUUUAAAGAUUGUUAAAGCUGAGUUUGGUAAAGCUGAAAAGGAUCCUGUAAAACCACAUAAUUUUCAACCAGGACUCUCAUCUUUUGAUUCCAGCUCAAUGAGAGAAAAGCUGAGGAGGGGUCUACAACAGUUAUACCCUCAGUCAGUGGCCAUUCACUUUCUCCCGAAGCCAGAAGAUCCAGACACACCAGAACCAUUAGUGAAAGAACACAUUACCAAUGAUGCAAAUGUUGAAAGGUUUGAAACUGUGGAGAAUGUUACUGUUUACACUAUGAAAGAAUAUGCAAACAUUUUUAAAUGUCAGAACAACAUUGACAACAACAUGGAUAUAUCUGAAGACAUUGUUGAGUCGUUUAUGAAGUUUUUGUCUGUCAGUGAAAGUCAGUGUGAUGUGAUUUGCUCGAAAACAGUGCAUCAGGGAAGUAGUCAGUUGUGGUUUGACCAGCGAUCAGGCCGCAUAACAGCUUCAAACUUUUACCGGGUGUGCCACAUGAGAGACACAACAGACAAAUCAAACAUUGUCAAACUACUUAUGAACUACUGCCCAAUGGAGCAUAUACCUGAGCAGCUAGAGUGGGGCCAUGAAAAGGAAAUUGCUGCUUCAGAACUUUAUUUAAAGAAGAUUUCACUGAAACACAAGGAACUACACCUUCUUGAAUCUGGCCUUGUUAUUAAUCAGAAGUGGCCUUUUCUUGGUGCAAGCCCCGAUCGUAUUCGUCACUGUGAAUGUCAUGGUAAGACAUUAGUUGAGUGCAAGAGUUUGUUUGCCAAACGGAAUCUGCUACCUGGAGUUGCAGCUUCUGACAAGUUGCUCAAAACAACGAAGGGCUUCAAGCUGAAGGAAGAAACUUCCUGGUAUUACCAAAUCCAGGGCCAAAUGGCAAUCUCUGGGAUUCAUGCCACUGAUCUUGUAAUUUAUACAAACAAGGGGAUUUUGAUUGUUCAUGUGGAUUUUGACAAGGAGUUUUUUCUGCGAAUGUUGGAAAAGUUACAACUGUUUUUUUCUAAGUUUAUGGUGCCAGAGCUUCUCACUGGAAAAAUAUUAGGUGAAGUAAGGUCAUAG